GCACUGGUGGGCAGCACUUGUGGGUGGGCAAAGGUGGGUGGCACUGGUGGGCACAGGUGGGUGGUACUGGUGGGCACAGGUGGGUGGCACUGCUGGGCACAGGUAGGUGGCACUUCUGGGCAUAGGUGUGUGACACUGCAGAGUGGCACAGGUGGGUGCACUGCUGGGCACAGGUGGGCGGAAUUUGUGGGUGGCACUGCUGGGCACCGAUCAUCAGGGCACUGAUCAUCAGUGGCCCUGAUGAUCGGUGCCGAUCCUCGCUCUGACAACUGCCGGUUCUCGGCAGUACUUUCCUCUUGAUCUGACAGCGUGAGGAAAGUGCAGCCGAGAACCGGCACUUGCAU